CCUUUUUUUAAUCUUUGAAGAGCCGGAAAUUUUUUUGAAAGAAAAAGAGAAACGUGGCUAUGAGAAAAAAGAUUCUGUUAAAAGAAAUGGGAAAAAUUGACGGAAGGAUGUUUUUAAUCAUUUUUCAGAAUUUUGAAGGAUAUUCUUAGCUAAAUAGCAUAUUAGGAGGAUGUAAUGGAAGUUGUGGUAAAAUUAAGGAGAUGUAUUUGGUCAAAAACUCGAAGGGUAGCAUACAAAUAUAAUGAUUAUCCAUUAGAUCAUUUUGUCAAUAUCCUAGUAAUACCAAAAAUCAAAUACUCAUAAAAGCCGCCUGCUCCUUCCACUCCGAGCGGGAAACCGCACUUUGAGCAUUCUAGUGCAGGAAUGGCGCCACUUAUGCAAAGCUCGCAGCCAUGGGUCGAGAAAUACCGACCAAAGCAAGUGAAGGACGUAGCUCACCAGGAUGAGGUCGUUCGAGUCCUCUCCAACACUCUCGAAACCUCUAACUGCCCGCAUAUGCUGUUUUAUGGUCCACCUGGAACUGGAAAGACCACCACUGCUCUUGCCAUUGCCCAUCAGCUUUUCGGACCUGAGCUGUAUAAGUCGAGGGUAUUGGAGCUAAAUGCUAGUGAUGACCGUGGUAUCAAUGUAGUUCGCACAAAAAUUAAGAACUUUGCUGCUGUUGCUGUAGGCUCUAGUAGGCAAGGUGGUUAUCCCUGUCCACCUUUUAAGAUCAUAAUCCUUGAUGAAGCAGAUUCGAUGACUCAAGAUGCUCAAAAUGCCUUGCGACGUACGAUGGAGACAUAUUCAAAAGUUACGAGAUUCUUCUUCAUUUGUAAUUACAUCAGCAGAAUCAUAGAGCCACUCGCUUCCAGAUGUGCGAAGUUUAGAUUCAAGCCACUUACAGAAGAAAUAAUGGGCAGCCGAAUAUUGCAUAUUUGUAAAGAGGAAGGUCUUAAUCUAGAUUCAGAGGCUCUUUCUACCCUCAGUUCCAUUUCUCAAGGUGAUCUGCGAAGGGCCAUAACAUACUUACAAAGUGCUGCUCGGUUAUUUGGAUCUUCAAUAUCAGCAAAGGACCUAAUUAGUGUGUCCGGGGUAAUCCCAAAUGUAGUUGUUCAGGCUAUAUUCUCAGCUUGCAGAAGUGGCAAUUUUGACUUGGCAAACAAAGAAGUGAACAAUGUCAUUGCAGAAGGAUAUCCUGUUUCCCAGAUGCUGUCUCAGUUGUAUGAUAUAGUAGUUGAUGCAGACGACAUUUCUGACGAACAGAAAGCAAGAAUAUGCAAGAAAUUUGCUGAAGCGGACAAGUGUCUUGUUGAUGGAGCAGAUGAGUAUUUGCAGCUUUUGAAUGUUGCAAGCAGCACAAUGCAGGCACUUAGUAACAUGCCACAGGACAUGGUAUAUUAAAGUUAGAUGGCUACGUGGAUAAUGUUGAAUUCGUAUUUCCUUAUCAACUCUUGGGAAAUGUUAACCGACAUGUCGUUUCCUUUAUUGGAAAUUUCUUGUUAUGGUUUGCUUUCUA